UCUGGCAGUUUGGUGAAUGGGUAGAUAGGGUCAUUGAUGACCGGCUACCCACCAGAAAUGGGAAGCUGCUGUUUUGUUCAUUCAGCCGAGGGCUCUGAGUUCUGGAGCGCCCUGUUGGAAAAGGCCUAUGCAAAGCUAAACGGCUCAUAUGAAGCUCUGACGGGAGGCCGGGCCACUGAGGGUUUUGAGGAUUUUACUGGAGGCAUCGCUGAGAGCUAUAAGCUGAACAAAGCUCCUCCACACCUGUUUAAGCUCAUGCAGAAAGCGCUGACACUGAGAUCAUUAAUUGCCUGCUCCAUUUCUUCCAGUUCACAGGACACAGAGACGAAGACGAGUCUGAAGCUGGUGAAGCUUCAUGCCUACUCCAUCACAGGCGCAAAGGAGGUUCACUCUUAUGGCCGUCUGGUUCAGCUGGUGCGUAUCAGGAACCCGUGGGGUCGGGUGGAGUGGAUAGGCCCUUGGAGUGACAAUUCCACAGAGUGGAACAGCAUCAAACCUGAGGAGAAAGCUACACUGGUUUAUUCAGCUGAAGAUGGAGAGUUCUGGAUGGCGUAUUCAGACUUCAUACAGCAGUUCUCGAGGUUGGACAUCUGUAAUCAGACUCCAGACGACCUUUCAAACGCCACUGUGAGCCGCUGGAACUACAGCCAGUUUGAAGGUGACUGGAGGGUGGGAUCCACUGCAGGGGGCUGCAAGAAAAAUAAAGCUACAUUCUGCUCAAACCCUCAAUUUGUCCUCAACCCUCAACCCUCAAUCAAGCUGGAGGAAGAAGAUGAUGAUCCUUAUGAUGGAGAGGAUGGCUGCACGAUCCUAGUGGGUCUGAUGCAGAAAGAUUUUCGUAAGGACAAGCGGAUUGGACGAGAACCGAACGCCAUUGGCUUUACUAUCUAUAAGGUUCCAGAUAAGUUAAAGGGUCGCAACAACAUUCAUCUCGGCCCUGAUGUAUUGCUGCAUCAGCAGUCCACUGCACAAAUCAAGUGCUUCACCUACCAGCGAGAGGUGAUUGAGCGCUUCAAACUGCCUCCUGGUGAAUACGUCAUCAUCCCUUCCACUUACGAGCCGCAUUGCAAUGGAAGAUUUAUACUGCGCGUCUUCACAGAGAAAGAGGCAGCUGCCAGCCCGAUGGAUAUGGAAAUCAGUGCAGAUGUGGAAAAGCAAUACAUAUCUGAUAGUGAUGUGGAACCACAUUUCAAACAACUUUUCAAUCAGUUUGCUGGAAAUGACUCAGAGGUGUCUGUGUAUGAACUAAAGCAGAUCCUGGACAGUGUUAUCUCCAAACGAACUGAUGUCAAGACCGAUGGGUUUAGUAUGGAAACCUGUCGUCACAUCAUCAGUCUGCUAGAUGUAUCCUUACCCCACUGGAUCAUAUGA